UUUGCCCACCCCUGACUCUAAGAUUAUACGCACCAAAGGAAAUCAAGAGAUUCAAAACCCUCAACGUCCAAAUUGUCCUCGAUCUUCUGCUGCUCAUUCCUUUUUUUAUUCGGGUUUUUACAAUAUUACAGAAUAAAGCAGGCAGGCAAGCACUGGGUUGGAGUUAACAUUUUUUUCCAGUCAAGUGGGAGGAUGCAAAGGCGGGCAUCUUAUCCUGAUUCCCAUGUGAAUCCAGCUUACACCAAUUCCCAAGCAAAUCCAUUUGUUGCUUCUCAGAUGCAGCACAUGCCUACACAGAGAAUGCAGCACAUGUCCACACAAAGAAUGCAGCUGAAUGCUGCAAUGAAAGAUUUUCCAGGACGUCCAGAUUCUUUUUCUACUGAGGAAGAGCAUUCAUAUAAGUCUUCAAAAAUAGAGGAGCAAUGGAAAUGGGAUAGAGAUGCACCAAAUGUAUCAAAUCAAAUAUCGCCCCAUUCAUUUAAUGAAGGAACAUGCCAAUGCAAGAGAAGAAUUCCUCCACAAGGAAUUACAUGCACGGUUCAAUCGGUAUCAGCAACCCGAGACGACUCACUACCGGAAUUCAGGUCUGCACGAUGCUCAUGGCUACAUUGGAGCUCCAGUUGCAGAUGUUGCUGAAGCGCAUCGAGAUUAUGCCACUAGUCAGUUUGAGUCAUAUAGAGAACUACCCCAUGUUUUCAGGAGGGAGAAAACUCAGGGAACUGAGGUUAGGGUUCCAUACCCUAGUGGCCGGUUUUACAAUAAUGCUGCCCGCAAUUACUAAUGGCAUAGACAUUUUAUAAUCAAGAUUUAAUGUUGUUGUAUUUAAUGGUGUAGAUGGUGUCACGUGAUAAAUAUAUUGUCACGUCAUUCAAAAAAGUUAAAUGAUGUGACAUCAUUUGCACUGUUAGAUGUGACAACAUUAAAUUUUAACCAUUCAUUUGAAAUGGAGAAGAUCCUCGUUCCCUCUGCCUUCGCUUUUUGUUAACUUAGAUCACUAUACUUUUCUUUUGUUUCUGGGUCCUUAUAAAUGUUCUAAUUCAAGUGUUCUUUAGUUUUUCAAGUAUAAAACACCCUUAUAUACUUGAAGAACUUUAAAUACUGAUGCUCAUGUCCUCUCCAUACAAUCUUUGUUCUGGGUGCAUUUCAUUUGGCUUUUGUGGUCGUAGUUGUUGAUAGUUGAAGCU